GAGAUCUUGCCGCCUACGCAGAAGUUGGCUGAGGAGAUCUUGCCGCCUACGCAGAAGUUGGCUGAGGAGAUACUGGAAAUGGUGAGGAGAUGUUGCCACCUACACAGCAGUUGGCUGAAGAGAUCUUGCCGCCUACGCAGAAGUUGGCUGAGGAGAUCUUGCCACCUACACAGCAGUUGGCUGAGGCCGAGUCGGCCUUUCGCAAGCGGCAAAGAACUGCGGCCACGCCGGCCACGCCGGCCAUGUCGGCCAUGUCGGCGAUGUCGGCGAGGCAGCACAUUGCAAUCAAGGUUCGGACCUCGAGGAGCUUUCAGGAUUUGGUGACAUUGGGAAGGCAGCUGAAGGAUGGAAGCCCAGAUCCUGCGGUGCCUGCGGUGCCUGCGGUGCCUGCAGUGCCAGCAUUGCCGGCGGUGCCUGCGGCGGUGCCUGCUGUGCCGGUUGUGCCAGAAGCCGAGGAGCCAGAUUGCAGGCAGCGGCUGGAUGACGCGCAGGCGCCAGAUGGCACGCAGAUGCUGGAUGACGCACAGGCGCCAGAUGGCACGCAGAUGCUGGAUGACGCACAGGACUUGCGCUUGCUUAUGCAGAAGCAUAUCUUCCGCUUGGAGGAGGUUGCCGAGCAAACACAUCAGCGGCAGCAGGCAGUGCUGGGCAUCUACAAGGCCCUGGAAGCACUGCUCUAAGACUCGGGGUGCUCAGCGAGCGCUUGGCUGGGGAGCCAGGCAAAUUGGGGGCUGGACGCGAAAGAUGUGCUCUGCACCCUGCACGACCCACCCUUUCGAAUUUUCCAGACGUC